UUGCAUGCAAACGCCGUGUCCGUGGGCUCUCCGGUUCUCAUCAUGGGCAUCAUCAUGGGAAUCAUGACCCAGCCAGAUGGGUCGGCCUACAUCGUCAACCUGGACGGAGAGCUGAGGAGCAACCUGCACCUCCCCCAUGAGACCACCUUCUCCCACGAGGUGGAGUCCAUAGGUGAGAGCAUCCGGAAGCUGGAGGGUUCACUUCAGAGUCCUGAGAGGCUCACCGAGCUCCACUUUGUGCUCCCAGUGUAUUUAGAUGACACGCUGUUGGCUGUGUGGCGCCACGGCUGGCACCGGAGGGGGAAGGGCUUCUCAGAGACCCUGGAGGAGAUAUCCGACCACCGGAAGAUCUACAAGAUGGUGAAGUCAGACAGGUACGGCACACCUUCAGGGCUCAGCUGGCCUCGGAUGACGGGUCUGCCUCUUUAA